UUUCCCCCGAUGCUGGCCAGGAAGAAGUCUUUCACCAGUGCCAUCAUCGGGGCGCUGGUGGCACUCUCCAUCAUCGCCCUGGUUCUCAGCCUGGUGGGGGUUGAAGAUGUGACACUGCCACCCACGGUCAAGUAUGGGAUGGUGUUUGAUGCGGGCUCAUCCCACACCUCCCUGUUUGUGUACGAGUGGGAUUCAGACAAGGAGAACGACACUGGAGUGGUCAGCCAGACCUUGUCCUGUGAUGUCCAGGGGCAAGGCAUAUCAAGCUAUGCCAACAAUCCCCCUGAAGCUGGCAAUUCCCUGAGGGAGUGCUUGGAUAAAGCCUUGGAGGUUAUUCCUGCUGAGCAGCAGAGGGAUGUCCCAGCUUAUCUUGGAGCAACGGCUGGCAUGAGGUUACUGAGGGAACAGAACAGCUCAGCAACAGAGCAAAUCCUGGCUGAGGUCGCUGAAACCAUGCAGGAGUACCCUGUGGCUUUCAAAGGGGCUCGGGUCCUUACAGGAGAGGAAGAGGGUGCCUAUGGCUGGAUCACCAUCAACUACCUGCUGGACUCCUUCACCAAGUACUCUCCCAAAGCACACACGUGGCUUCAUCCAGAGGCAGCCAACAUUUUUGGGGCACUGGAUCUUGGAGGAGCAUCCACUCAAAUCACCUUUAUGCCCGAAGGUUCAGCACUGAGGCAGAAUGGAGCCUCUGAGUUCACCCUGUAUGGGUACAGACACAACAUCUACACUCACAGCUACCUCUGCUACGGGCAGGACGAGAUGCUGCAGCGGCUGGCGAAGGAAUUAAUUGUGGAGUCGUCCCCCAGCAGACGAGUCCGCCACCCCUGCUACCCAGAGGGCUACAAGGAGACCGUGUGGCUGUCCUCCUUCCGCGCCAGCCCCUGCACGGACGGCAGCGACCCGCGCCUGCCCCUGGGCGACGGCAGCGCCACCCUGGAGGGCAGGGGUGAUGCCAGCGGCUGCCGGGCAGCCCUCAGGAAGCUCUUCAACUUCUCGGCGUGCGGCCAGAGCCAGGACUGCGCCUUUGACGGCGUCUACCAGCCCCCGCUCCGGGGGAAAUUCAUUGCCUUCUCUGCCUUCUACUACAACUUCAAGUUCCUGAACCUGACGGAGGGGCAGCCGCUGGCCGUGGUCAGACAGGCCAUCGAGGGGCUCUGCACAAGGAGCUGGGAGGAUCUCUCUUCCAGCUACCCCAAAGAGAAUCCCAAGAGACUGCCGAAAUACUGUGCCAAUGCCAACUACAUCCUCACACUCCUCCUUGAUGCCUACAAGUUCAACGAGACCAGCUGGAACAAUAUCUUCUUCCAGAUGAAGGCCGGGGGUGCUGAGCUGGGCUGGACGCUGGGGUACAUGCUGAACCUCACCAACAUGGUCCCGGCCGAGGUGCCGGCCAGGCUGAAGGGCCACAGGGCUCCCCUGUGGGCUGCAGCCAUCACCUUCAUCAUCCUCACUCUCGUCCUGGGGCUCGCUGCCCUGCUCCUGCAGCUGUGGGUGUAGCAGCCUGGCCAGGGGAGCCCAGCGGGGACAGACUGGGCCGUGCUGGAGUCCCCACGCUCCCGCCUGCGCAGCUGGGCCUGUGCUGCUGAGCACAGUCACCUCCACAGCUCCAAAAGCUGGGGUGGCUCUGCUUUUCCAUGGGCCUGGCCCCAACAUGCACACAGGCACUCGCUGAAGUUCCCAGAGGAGCUCCACUCCCAUGGACACACAACAAGAUCAGCCUGCAGGAGCCUCAGGCAAGCCUGUGUGCCUCCUGUCACUGCUCUGCGUGUUACAGCCGUGGCUCCAUCCCACCAGCUGGCCCUGGGGUGUGCAGGGCCAGCCUGGCUGUGGGACAGUGCCCCAGGGCCAGCCUGGCUGUGGGACAGUGCCCCAGGGCCAGCCUGGCUGUGGGACAGUGCCCCAGGGCCAGCCUGGCUGUGGGACAGUGCCCCAGGGCCAGCCUGGCACGGCACAGCGCAGGCACCUGGGCACAGGGUGCUCCAUGGAAUGCCAGCUCUGAGCACAGUCACCAGGAGCCAGGCGGGUCCCUGCCAGGUCUGCCAGCCUGAGGGAUGCUCUGUGGGACCCCAGCUGGCCCUGUGCAGGGUCUGUGGCUGGGGCUUAUGUGGAGAUGGUCUUGGAGAAAGAGCACCCCAGUCAGAAGUGUGGUCGCUGCCCCUCCAGAGAGUCCGUCUCACCAUCUCAUCACCGCGUCAUGUCACGUCACCUGAUCAUCACAUCUCACCACUCAUCUCAUCCUCUUCCUUUCCACCUGGAAUAAGGCAUUGGUGUUCCUCAGUGCCUUCCUGGAGACAGCACUGUGCCACCAGCAGAAGGCCUGGACCCCAUGGGUGUCAGGAUGAGGCUCCAGCAGGCUGUGAGGCCUGCCCUGCUUGUGGCUGAGCUGGGUCCUGCCCACAGCCUUUGCCUUUGCUUCUGCUCAUUUUUAGCUGCUCUGUGGAUUAUUCUUCUUGUGUUCCCACAGUGAGGAACAGACCUUUGGUGUCCCUGUGGAAUGCUGGGCACCUCACAGUUCUUCUCAUCCAAAUAAACAUUAUGAAAGGCAGCAGAUGG